CUCUCUCUCCUCUUCUCCUCUCGUUUCUUGCCGUAGCCUCCGAACUCGCUCUCUCUCUCUAGCGAGCGAUAAAAAUAAUCAGCUUCUUAUAAAUUCUCCCCGUUCGUCUCCUCCUCGGUUCUCCUUCCUUCCUUCUUCUUCUUCUGCUUCUUCUUCACCACUUCGCUACCUUCUCUCCCUCCCUCUCUCUCUCUCUCUCUCAUUCGUCGCCUCGCGCAUUACGAGCGCCAAUGCCUGCGCAGAAGCGGUCCCUGCCGGAGAGCGCGAACGACGAGGACGCCUCGCCACCGAGCGGCCACCACAACCACCACCACCACCACCACCACAACCACCACCAGCACGCCAAGCAAUCCCGCCGCGACGGGGACCCCGAGCAGGACGACCGGCCCGCCGGGGAGCCGCAGGACGGCGCCGCCGGGGGCGGAGGCGGGGGCGCAGGAGCUGACGAAGAAGAAGAAGAUUCUCAAGGGAGCCCGUCGUCCAGCUCGGAGGAGAAACCUGAAUUUGUCUAUGUAAAACUAUCAGACAUUCGUAAAGAUGUACAAUGCCCAAUUUGUCUAGGCAUCAUCCGGAAAACGCGAACUGUUAUGGAAUGUCUGCACCGCUUUUGUAGGGAAUGCAUUGACAAAUCGAUGCGACUGGGGAACAAUGAAUGUCCUGCUUGCCGCACUCACUGUGCCAGCCGACGCUCACUGAGAGAUGAUCCCAACUUUGAUGCUUUAAUAGCAGCUUUAUAUCCGGAUAUCGACAAAUACGAGGAAGAGGAGUUGGCUUUUCAUGAAGAGGAGAGAAAUCGCAACAAGCAGAUUCAAGCAUCCAUUGCUCAAAUUCUUCAACGGCAGUCUGAAGCACUUGUCAAAAGACGCUCGCUGGGUAAAGACGCAGGUAUUGGAAUGGGAAGACCACAGAGGAACCUAAGGCCUUCUACUAGGAGAAGACGGAAUUCUCGAGGAACUGAUCAUCAAGGUUCUGAAGACAAUGAAGAUGAACAUGAUAGUAAUGGCGGCAAAGAUUCAUCUUCCGCUGAUGAACGUGGUACUGAAGUUAGGCAGAGACGUCGGAGAAAAAGGACAGGACCGCGUUCAUCAUUACCGUCUUCAUCAGCUGAUGUUGAAUGCCUGGAUAAUGAUUUGGAAGCAACCAGAGAUACCAGAGGAAUUUCUCCUGGGCCUGGAUGGAACCCAGAAGUGCUUGCUUGGGGUAGGGGUGGUACAAGAAGUCACACAAGACAUGGUGGCAUAAAUGGUAACAACAAGCACUCUAAGAACAUGCGGUUAUCCAAGCUGGUUGAGUACCUCAAGAGUUUAGGGGAAAAUAAUGAGUUAGAGGUAUAUUUCAUGCUUGUUUCUUUGGAUAAAGAAGGUACUCCAACUCUGAAGCAGCCGUACCUCUGCAGCAGGCGGAGUCUGUCAAUUAAACAUCUAUGUGAUUAUGUUGCUCACAAAACACCUUUGCAAGCUGAAGAAGUUGAAAUAUUGGUGGUCAAAGGGAACCAUAACAUCAGCCGUCAAGGACCUAGCCUGAAUCUUUUAUCCUCAGCAAGUGAACGUGAAAAUGUUCUCCCUGUUGUUGAUCCACAUAAGGCUGAGCUGCAAAUUCUGGAAAAGGAAGCAACGCUUGCAGGGAUAAUUGCAGACAAUGGAUCCAUCAAUGACUAUCUGAUUCUAGGAUACCGGCAGAGACAAAACUCCAAUUCCUGACGAGUUCCAUGGGCGUCUUUGGCAAUAUUUAAGUAAACUCUCACAUACUCGUAUAUAUACAUAUAUAGGUAGAGAGGUGGACAGGUUUGCCAGUUGAACUCAGAGUACAUGUUAGUUGAUAAAGCACACCAUGUAGUUCCCAAAAAGGCACUCAUUAUUGGUUACUUUUAUGUUUUCCUUCCCUUGCUGAUUUGACUGCAAAUUGUUAUUACCAGAUGAUAUUAGAAGGUUGCCGUCCAGUGGACGCGGAGUAUUUACAUA